AUGGAGGUAGAUGAGAUAAUUUCACCUCUAUGGCCUAGCUCAGCAUCAAACAUAAAAAAACCCUCAAAAAUGAAAAGAAAGCCGAACUGGUCAAACGACUAGUGUUUGAGCCUCGCCAAUUACAUGGCACAAUACAAGGACAUACUGAGAGGCAAGCUGGGUCCAGGAUUGACCUCAGAAAAGAAAAAAACUACAUGGAAGUUGGUGACGGACAGGUUGAAUGCCUCGUUAACAGCCGUCAAGCGGUCACAAGAAGAAGUGGAGAAAAAGUGGCACAAUAUUUUCUCCCAAACCAAAUCGGAAAUCUCGGCCUGCAAGAAAGCGCAGUGUGCGACGGAUUUUUGUAAAAUCUUAUUAUUUGGGCAUAUACUAUUUUAUUUUACGGGUGGAGGACCAUCACUAAAGCCAUUAAGUGCUAUAGCUGAGGUGGUAAUGUUCGUUCUAGGGGAGAACAAUGACCUUAAGAUCCAAAAACUCAAACUUCAAAUUCAGUGUUAUGAAAUGAAAUUGCAAGAAAGAAAUCAAGAAGAAUAAAUUUAAUGAAAAUAUUGUGCCACUUUUACUGCAUUUCUCCCUCAGAUCCUUGAUGUUUGUGAUAAAGGCAUUUAGCAUGUCUGUCACUACUUCCAUGUAAUAUUUUUCUUUUCCAACUU